GUUGUCAGUAAUAUUUUUCUGAUUUGUGUUGUUUUUGUGUCAAAAUUUAAUAUUUUCGCGAUUUGUAAAUAUCGGUUAUCGGUUGUCAUCCCGCGAGUAAAAAUAAAUGACUGUGUAAAAGUUGUACCUGAACUUUUUUCUUGACAUGGCUUCACUUUCUUUACCUAGAGUACUUCAUCCAAGGAAAACUAGCUUAGAAAUUGAAAGAGAAAUCUUUGAAAAAUCUCAGAUCUUGCAUGCGUAUUGAUAGACUUAACAACAUAUUUUUUUAAAAAAACUAUUAGCUGAGUUGCAUGACCUUUAGAAGAGAAAACAUACCCAAAUAUGGCAAAGGAGUAUACCUAUCGGGAUUUAGAAAAAUACGCUCAAGCGCUUCAGAAAGCUAUUAACAGUAACGAAACGCCAGUAAAACAAAAGCAUGUCCGCUCAGCAAUCAUCGGUACUUUCCACACCCAAAGUGCCAAAAUAUUUUGGUCCUAUGCUCUUCGUCUUCCUGCCAUGGAUGACAGGAUCGUAGCGUGGAAACUCUGUCACGUGGUUCACAAAGUAUUAAGAGAAGGACAUCCACUUUGCUUGGUCGAUAGUCAAAGGCAUAGAAAUGAUCUGGACGAGAUAGGAAAGUUGUGGGGUCAUUUAAAAGAGGGAUACGGAAAGAUGAUCCGAUUGUAUACGUCAUUGUUAAUAUACAAGUUGGAAUUUCACAUGAGAAAUCCAAGGUUUCCUGGAAAUUUAGGAGUUACUGCGGAAGAGCUGGAAUCUAUCGCUGGAAAUGAUAUUAAUAAUUAUUUCGAGAUGACUGUAGAAAUGUUUGAUUAUUUGGAUCAUAUACUCGAACUUCAGGAAGCAGUUUUUGGUUCGCUGAAUAUGGCUAGAUCGAAUUCUAUGACCAGCGCCGGGCAGUGUCGUCUUGCUCCGUUGAUACCUUGCAUACUCGAUGCUUCAAAACUAUACGAUUAUUGUGUGAAGAUUAUGUUCAAAUUACAUAUGACUCUACCGCCCGACAGCUCUCCGGGCAUAGAGAGAGAUUCCUUAAGCAGUUUAGAUUAUUGAAAAAGUUUUACGAGAGCACCAGCAAUCUGCAAUAUUUUAAGGAGCUGAUUGCGAUACCGCCGUUACCUGAGGUAAUGGAUUUAGAAGAAGAUUUAAUUAAAUGUAUAUCUAUGAAAGAGUAUGAAAAUAACCAUGUUGUAGAACUAAAUAGUGGUAGUGCUAGUAAUCUUAACGAUGAUAGUAUUAGUGGUUCUGCUAGUAAUACUAACAAUACUAACCCUAAACAAUACUAAACAAUCAGAAGAUGAAAAUAAUCCCCCGAAUUUUCUAAUAAUGGGCGAUUUUAGAACCUAUGUUACCCAAGAAGUGAUAGUUCCCCAGGAACCAGAGCACGAAGAGGAGCCUCUAGUGGAAGGAAAUUUAAUCGAUACAACAGAAGAUACAGUAUCAGAGACAGAUAAUGUACAAGCAAGAAAUGAAGCAAUUAUAUUGGCCGCUCAGGAAGAAUUGAUCAAAGAAAGAGAAUUUCUUCGUGGGCAAUGUGAAAAGAUGAGGCACGAGUUAAACGCCAUAAUGGCAAAAAAUGGAAGAGAUAUAACAAAACUACAAGAUAAAAUAGUACAUUUGGAGACUGAACUUGCAACCAAAGAUAGUGAAUUAGUACAAGAACGUCAAGUGAAAGAAGAUCUCUUAAAUCAAUCGUUUGCUGUCGCACAAUCACAAGAUUCUGAACAAAAAGUGAAAAAUGAAAAAUUCGACAAACUUAAGGAACUUUACGUUAAACUAAGGGAUGAACACAUUCAAAAAAUUAGAGAGAAAGCUGAAGUAGAAAAGAAGUUGAUCGGUGCCUUGAAAAAUUUAGAGCUACUAACUGAGCUAGAGUCGACAAAUGAAAGAUUACAGGAAGAUCAAAAACAAAAGUCGUCAGAGCUCUCUGCCCUACAGAAAGACAAGGAAUUAUUUAAUAUGGAAACCGAAAUACUCAAAAAAAGUGUGAUGGAUGCAUGUCGAGAAAAAGAUGGCAUAAAACAUGAACUAGCAUUAGUGAUGCAGGAGAAGGAAGAAUUAAAGAAGAAUUCGGAGGAAUUAUCAUACAAACUUUUGGACCUGGAAAGGCAACUAACCAAAGAGCAAUCUGAUCUACAGAGAAAGAUUAAAGAAAUUGUUACUAAAUCGUUAGAAAGCAGUGAAGACAUUCUUAGGCACGCAAUCGACGAGAUUGACAAUCCAGCUUUGACUGCACUUACCUGUUCUUCUGAUUACUUAAGAAGUUUAACGGAAGGAUGCAAGAGCUCAUUAGAAGAAAGUACGAAGAUUACGAAUAAUGAUUACGUUAGUAUUGUAACUGUGGCGAACAGAAUUGCACAUAGACAUGCCACAUAUAUUUUACAAGGAAGGGCUACUUGCAAUACGAGUCCCGAUAUAUCUUUUGGAGAAAAAGUGGCCCAGGUAUGUAAAGAUUUGGGAAAAAUAGUGUUGAAACUUCUUAUUUCAUUAAAACAAAAUGAAGACUCUAAACCUACAGCUAAUGAAGCCAAACAAAAAUUAGAGGAAUUAGCCGCUCUAGCAGAUAGCAUAGGUGCUUCCCUUUUAGGCGAAAAAGCUGAGACCUUAGUAGAUAUGCUCGAAGAUGAGAUGAGUGCUAUGGACAAAGCAAUCGAAGAAGCAGCAAAUAGAAUACAGGAUAUGCUUACCACAUCUAGAGCUGCUGAUUCUGGUAUUAAAUUAGAAGUUAAUGAAAAAAUUCUGGACUCGUGUACAAAAUUGAUGCAAGCUAUAAGGAUAUUAGUUCAAAAAUCAAAACUUUUACAAGGUGAAAUUGUUGCUCAAGGGAGGGGUACAGCUAGUGCAAAAGAGUUUUACAAAAGAAAUCAUCAAUGGACCGAUGGAUUUAUUUCAGCUGCUAAGGCUGUUGCUGUAGCAGCAAAACUUUUAUUAACAGCAGCUGAUAAAGUAGUUCAAUCUAACGGCAAGUUGGAACAAUUAGUGGUAGCGGCUCAAGAAAUAGCUGCCUCCACAGCUCAAUUAGUAGUAGCCAGUCGAGUUAAAGCAGAUAGAAAUAGCAAUAACUUGCAACAGUUGACGCAGGCGUCUAAAGGAGUUACCACAGCAACAGGAACUGUUGUUGCCACUGUUAAAGAUUGCAGCGAACUAAUUGAUGAGUCAGAGGAAUUCGAUGUUUCUAAUCUAACUCUCCAUCAAGCAAAACGAUUGGAAAUGGAGUCACAAGUAAGAGUUCUCGAGUUAGAAAAAGAAUUGGAACAAGAACGUUACAGACUCUCUAGGCUCAGGAAACAUCAUUACCAAUUAGCAGGAGAAAACGAGACUUGAAUUAGCUUAAGUAUUGACAAUUUAAACUAAUAAUCGUUACAUAACUAUUUAUUAAUGUAGAUAGUAAGGAUAUAAUCGUUGAAUGGAGAACGUUCUUAAUAUUUUGGGGUUGACAUCACAGAAUUAAAUAAAAGAAUUAAAUGUUUAUUGUUACAUAAAAUGAAGUUCCAUCAAGUAACGGUCGAAUCCAUCAAUUAUUUAAUAGAACUAAAAUGUAUUACUAAAUAAACCUUUUACAACGUUUAAUAAUCGCAAAUUUCAUUUUGAUAUACACGAUGUCUCCACUGAGCUAAUUUGCAAUCUUUAAUAAAUGAUUUUAUUAGUAUAAAUGAUUACUACUGCAUUUACUCAAAUCGUUUAAUCAAAUUUACAGAAAUGUGACUCUCUUGCAAUGUUUUUCUUGUCCUUUCUUUGCUGGCCUUAUCAAAAAUUUUUGUUAUUGAUUGAUUAUUUCUAUUGAGCGAUUCCCAUUUCGAUAUUGAAAUUAUCUGAACCUAUGCUCUCUCAUUAUUUCGUUGAUCGAUGCCACGUUAAUAUUUAUUCAUUUUCUUAAACUUCUCCAUUUUUAACUAUCAAUUAUUCAGUGACUUACUGCACGCAUUUCCAUAUAUUUCCUCGUUACUCUACUAAUGGAAAAAUUUAUAAAUUUUAAAGACUGACCAGUUUACCGCAAUUUGGGGUGGGUGACACUGAAGUAUUCAAAUAUGCAGAUAGUGUAUAUGUGUACACAAUGAAUUAUUCCGCGUGACUAUUAUCAUAUAAAUUUAAAACCAAUUGACUACAUACAGUAUUCCAAUUUUUAUAUUAUUGAUAAUAUACAGAUAAUUUUAGUGGAAAAUAGUCAAAUUUUUUCAAAAAAGUAAUUUAAACCCUAAAAGUUUCUAGCGAAGUUUCGAA